AUGAACUCCCUCCGCAUUGCUCGUGCGGCUCUUCGGGCGCGACCGGCGGCCCUUCGCGUCCCCCUCCAGCGCAGAGGCUAUGCCGAGGCCGUCUCAGACAAGAUCAAGCUCAGCUUGUCGCUCCCUCACCAGGCCAUCUACCAGUCCCAAGAUGUCGUCCAGGUCAACAUUCCCGCCGAGUCGGGCGAGAUGGGCGUCCUCGCCAACCAUGUGCCGUCAAUCGAGCAGCUGAAGCCCGGCGUCGUCGAGGUUAUUGAGGAGAACGGCAACAACAAGCGGUUUUUCCUUUCCGGUGGCUUCGCUGUCGUCCAGCCCAAGUCGGCCCUGAGCAUCAACGCCGUUGAAGGGUACCCUCUGGAGGACUUCAGUGCCGAGGCCGUCAAGGCCCAGAUCGCCGAGGCGCAGAAGGUUGUGAGCGGUGGUGGCAGCGAGCAGGAUAUUGCGGAGGCUAAGAUUGAGUUGGAGGUUCUCGAGAGCUUGCAAGCUCACCUGAAAUGA